CGAUUGUAUCUAACUGUAUAGAAAGUGGGACGGCAACUCCAGAGCCGUGUAAAAAUAGGAACUGCAGCAUCAGCUAACAUUUGGUGGAAAAAUUCAAAGGUGUCUAAUUUCAUUUGUGGAUAAGAUUAGUGAAGAGACGAUUUGAUGUCAUGGACGCUCCGAUCAAGCUAGAGGUCAAAGUGGAAAACAACGUGGAAAGUGGCAUUCACGAGGAUGAGGACACUCCGCUACGGGAGGGCACAGGCGAGACUCCGCCGCAUGCGUUUGCCUGCGGAGUCCCUAUGUCCGCAUCAGGUUGGAACAGCGAUCCUGAGGAUGGUGAACUUGUCCACCACUCGGUGACGCCGACUUCGGACGAACAUCUACAGGCGUCCUUAGACACCAGUGAACCGGAGCCGAAGCACAAGAUCAAAGAAGAUUCCGAUGCGAUGUUGGAUGGCUUGCUGGCUGACCCAUUCAUGAUUAAUUCCCCGGCAACCUUGCAGACCCCUGCCGAUGUAAAGGCUAAUGUGACGUUGGACUCCGUUGGGCAGGGCAGUCGUACCCGCGAAUUGCUUCCCAGCGAAUUUUCGAAACGCGAGAACUUGGACGACAUGGAUUUGUUCAGUCUUCAGGCCGCCAAGACGCUUGUACCAGACGAACAACUCAGUCUCACGCAGAAUGAUACGCCCAUAGAUGAUCCGGAGGCAGCUGAUCUUAUUGCACAGAAACGAGAAAUUCUGAAGAUGUUGGAAAUGACAGCUGAAAACAGCAAGGUGAAGCAUAAGAAAAAGAAACACAAGAAGGAGCGGUCCCAUCGGUCCAAUAAACACCAGGAGGAGUCCAGAAAACGAAAUCACAGCGCCAGUUCGCCGGACGAGAACGCAGAUGAUAGAAACCCGUUGGAUUGCGAUUAUCGAGGUCGCAAGAAAUAUAAGAACCGAAGGAGUAGUGCCAGUUCGCAGAAUGAGAGUUCGAAGGAGAUGAAACUUCGGGAUGCAGAAUUGGAUUACGUUCCAGUGCGGCCUGAUGAGCAUUACAUCCGACCUAUUAAAUUCUCCAAUCUCAUAGAGCGAAAGCCGCCCCAGGUUGAACCCAACACUGUCAAUCUGUCCAAGGCAGACAAGCGUAGUCUGGCCGUCGCACGGGCGGAGUUGGUUUUGGAACAGAUCCAGCAGAAGGCCAACAAAGAUGAGCCACGGGAAUUCCACAUGGUGGACACCAUCUGCAAGCUCCCUGUUAAUGAGUCCUUUAGGAACCAGGAUUGCUUUGAGAAUCCUUCGCCAAUUUGCAAUAACAUGAAUGUGGUCUACAAGUUCAACUCCACGCCCGGAACCAGAAUUGAUUUGGCUAAAUGGGGCUUGGAAACAGUUCCUCAUGCUACUAAGAGGUUGCUGCGUCUACUGGGCAUCGACGUGGCGCGGCUCAAGGAGCUCCAGAGCACAGUUAAGCCAUCGCAGCGAAUCCUGAAGCUGAAGAAGGAGCAACUUGAGCAGGGCCUGGCUCCGACAGAGGAACAAGAAACGGCUACGCUGUUCAAGAAUGCAGCUACGCAAACGGAGCGCAGAACCGCUUCCCGCGAUGCUGGCACACAGGUUCGCUUGGAGAGCACGCUGAUUGGGGCCUUCUGGCAUAAUCCCCACUUCGACCCCAUGAACCUGACUCAGCAUCAGUCGAACGUUAUGUUAGCCUUGCAGGAGAUCUACCAAACACUGCCUAGUGCCACCAUGGCCGUCAAGCUCUCCAAGGCAUUGGCACCUGCUCUGGCAAUAAUAAAGGGCCGACAGCCAUAGUAUUCAAUAGACGGUCUAAUCCAACAACCCACUUUCAUUUUCUUUAUAUAAUAUAAGGAUGCACAUGCAUUAUACAUUUAUAA